GGCUCCGAGUCGGAGGGCGGGGCAUCUCUGAAGUGUGGCUGACGUGGAGAGUCCGGGUUAGUGAGCGCCGCUGGCUGCGAGGUCCGGGAGUGACGUGCGGGGCCGGGUCCCCGGGCCCGAGGUGGCGGCAGCGACGGUAUAAAGCCGGCCACGGGGAGCAUGUAAUGUCGGAAUGCGGAGGCCGCGGCGGCGGCGGCGGGAACAACAGCGAGGACGCCGAGGACGAGGGUGGCGGCCCCAAGGGCUCAGGCUCCCUCAGCCCUGCCGGGGCGGCGGCGUCCUUGGAGGGCCGGAUCCGCCGCGGCUUGCGCGGCGCCUCGCUUAUGGCGCGCCAGCGGCCAGAGCUGCUGUGCGGGGCCGUGGCUCUCGGCUGCGCCCUGCUCUUCGCCCUCAAGUUCACUUGCAGUCGAGCAAAAGACGUGAUAAUACCAGCAAAGCCGCCUGUCAGCUUUUUCUCCUCGAGAUCUCCGGUCCUUGACCUCUUCCAGGGGCAGCUGGACUAUGCUGACCAUGUCCGCCAGGAUUCUGAGGUGGUGGUGCUGUUCUUCUAUGCCCCGUGGUGUGGCCAGUCCAUCGCUGCCAGGGCAGAAAUUGAGCAGGCAGCCAGCCGGCUUUCUGAUCAGGUGUUGUUUGUGGCAAUAAACUGUUGGUGGAACCAGGGGAAAUGCAGAAAACAGAAGCAUUUCUUCUAUUUUCCUGUGAUACAUCUGUAUCAUCGGAGUUUUGGACCAAUCGAAUACAAAGGCCCCAUGAGUGCUGUUUACAUUGAGAAGUUUGUCCGCCGGGCGAUGAAGCCGCUUCUCUACAUCCCGUCUCAAUCAGCAUUGCUAGACUUUCUCUCCAGCUAUGAGCCUGGAGUACUCGGAUACUUUGAAUUCAGCGGUUCACCCCAGCCUCCUGGUUACUUGACCUUCUUCACCUCAGCACUGCAUUCGUUAAAGAAAGGUCUUCCCCAGGGAAGUCAUGAACUUCACAGCUGAGAACAUCUAUAAGUGGGCCUCAGAAAACCAGGAGACCCUCUUCCGAUGGCUACAGCCUCAUGGAGGCAAGAGUCUGCUGUUGAACAAUGAGCUGAAGAAAGGACCAGCACUCUUCCUGUUCAUACCGUUUGAUCCCCUAGCCGAGAGACAUCCUCUUCUAGAUGAGAUCACCGAAGUGGCCUUGGAAUACAAUAACUGUCAUGGGGACCAGGUGGUAGAGCGCCUCCUUCAGCACCUGCGGCGGGUAGAGGCACCUGUGCUCCAGUCCCUGGCACCAGAGCUGCCAGCUUCACUGCCUGAUACUCAGCUGAUGGCAGCAUCCCCCUGCUGUAACACGGUGGUGCUGCCACAGGGGCCAGCCCUCUCCAGGACUCACAAUGUCUGUGAGCUGUGUGUCAACCAGACAGUGGGUGGUACCAGGCCUAGCUCAGUGAGUGUGCCACAGUGCAGCUUCUUCGAGAUGGCAGCCGCUCUGGAUUCUUUCUACCUCAAGGAGCAGACUUUUUAUCAUGUGGUGUCGGGCAGCAUAGAAUGCAGCAAUUUUUUAACCUCCUAUAGCCCUUUCAGCUACUACACUGCAUGUUGCAGGACCAUAUCCCGGGGCAUGGCAAGCUUUACUGGCUCUGAACAGAAUGUCUUGACAGCCCCAGCCAUCGAGUUCUCUUCCUUAGAGAAGAGCUGUGAGGCCACUGCCCCGAGCUCCAUUCCUCACAUUGAGGAGAACAGGUACCGCUUUCCUCAAGUGGGCCUCACUAGCACAGCCUUCACGGGCCUGAGCUGCAGAACCAACAAGACCCUGAACAUCUACCUUUUGGAUUCCAAUUUAUUUUGGUUAUAUGCAGAAAGACUGGGUGCCCCGAGCUCUGCUCCUGUGAAGGAGUUUGCCACAAUUGUUGAUGUGAAAGAAGAAUCUCACUAUAUCCUGGAUCCCAAACAAGCCCUCAUGAAGUUCACUCUAGAGUCUUUUAUUCAAAACUUCAGUGUUCUCUACAGCCCCUUGAAAAGGCAUCUCACUGGAAGUGAUUCUGCUCAGUUUCCCACUCAGCAUUUGAUCACGGAAGUGACGACUGAUACCUUCUGGGAAGUAACCCUUCGGAAACAGGACGUUCUGCUGCUCUAUUAUACACAGUGGUGUGGCUUUUGCCCGUCUCUCAAUCACAUCUUCAUCCAGCUAGCUCGGCUCCUGCCAGAGGACACAUUUACUGUGGCCAGGAUCGACGUGUCUCAGAAUGAUCUUCCUUGGGAAUUCAUGGUUGACCGUCUUCCUACCGUUUUGUUUUUUCCCUGCAAUAGAAAGGACCUAAGUGUGAAAUACCCUGGAGACCUCCCUAUCACCCUCCCGAAUCUGCUGCGGUUCAUUCUGCAUCACUCAGACGCUGCCUCUGCCCCCCAGGACCCUGGCAUCAGCCCUCCUACCCAAGACUGUGUCCAGAGCAAGGCAGUGCUGCAGCGCGAACACAUCUCUCACGUGGAGAAUGCGAUGCAGAAGCUGAGAUCUGAGAUGAGCAGCCUACGCCGUACACAGGAGCAGGUGGAGGGCAGGCUCCUUAGUGCCCGCAGGGAUGGGCACCGCCUGCUGCGCCGGCAGCGGACCCUGGAGCAGCAGCACAGGCUACUCCGGCGCCACAGCCAGAAACUGCAGGCUCUGUAUUUAAAGAAGGCGCGAGAGCUCCAAGAGCUGGCUAGAGCCUCAGGAACCCCCCUCCCCGAGCACACAUGGCUCAAGAUCCUUGUGGCCACUAUGGAGAGGGAGCUGGAAGGCCAAGGUGGGGCUAAGGAACCAGCCCCUCUGGGAAAGGCUCGACCGAACCACUCCAAGUCCAUGGGUACAACUCAGUUACCUGGUGACACCCCUCCGCCCUCCACCACCAGCUCCACUUUGGCUUCAGAGACGAAGCAUGAGAAUAGGACAGACUAACUUUUGAAGGAGCCAGAGGUGAAGACUGUACAUUGGGAAUAUAGUUAUGCAAAUUUUAUUGAAAUUUAUUGUAAAUAAAGAUCUUUCUCAGUGGUCUACAAAAUGAA